UUCGAGGGCUAGGAGAGAGGGGUUUAGUUGAUGUAGCUCUGUCUGUGGGCCGGGGGAUGAGCUUCCUAACCCGGGCUGCUCCGCUGAAACAUCCAUGGGUGGCUGUGUGGGGAGCCACCACGACUCUACGGGCAGCCUAAACGAGAAUUCGGACGGCACUGGAGUGGCUCUUGGGCGUAACCAGCCCCUGAAGAGAGAGCGGCCUAAAUGGAAAAGCGACUACCCGAUGACUGAAGGCCAGCUGCGCAGCAAAAGAGAUGAGUUCUGGGAUACGGCGCCAGCCUUUGAGGGCCGGAAGGAGAUCUGGGAUGCACUGCGGGCUGCGGCCAGUGCCUUUGAGAGUAAUGACCACCUUCUGGCUCAGGCCAUCCUGGACGGGGCCAGCAUCACACUGCCACACGGAGCUCUGACUGAGUGUUAUGACGAACUGGGCAAUCGUUACCAGCUGCCAGUUUACUGCCUCUCUCCUCCCGUCAACAUGAUUGAGGAGCGCUCCGAUGAGCCUGACGGUUCAGACCCAGACUCUGUGACAGCAGACCCGUCCUCGGGCAGCACCAGGGACCCUGUCCCCGGGGGCGAGUGCCAGCUCCGACUACGACUAUCGACAGGUCGCGACCUUCGGCUGGCGGUCCGAUCCACAGACACGGUGGGCAUGAUGAAGCGUCGUCUGCAAAGUCAGGAGGACGUGCCCUCUGCAAGCCAGCGCUGGUUUUUCUCAGGUCGGCCUCUGACUGACAGGCUGCGCUUGGACCAACUCAACAUUUCCAGGGACUAUGUAGUUCAGGUGAUCCUUAGCCAGCGUCCGCCACCAGAGCCUGGAACUCCAGUGGGACACACACCAGAGGCCUGUGGGCCUGCAGCAGUGGAGGAAGUGUCUUCUCUCCCUCAGGAGCCCAUGCCAGUGGAGAAUUAAAUCCCUGUAGCUGGCAGCCCGGACUUGGGCCCAUUUGCAGUCCUUGGAGUGUGAAGACAGAUGAGUAAAAGGCAUGAAACAGAAUUUAAGCUGAUUCCUCUCCUCUUCUGUGCUCUUCCGUUGUUUUUGCUGCAAAGGGCUACAGCGGGAAAGAAGUUAGCAUCUGCUGACGAUUUAAGACUCUUCCAAAGAGAAAAGACUCUUUCUUUUUGGUUUUACACAGAAACAUUUUGACCUUUUUGAAAGUCUUUUUAACUGUUCCUAUGGAAACCAAACUACAAAAGAGAAAUUUGUCCGGUGGUUUGAACCUUUUUACUUGGCAACACUGAGCUCUGAAUCUUUCUGUGUUUCAGUUUCAAGUUCUGCUUUCAGAGUGUCGGCAUGAUGAACUCUUUUAAGGCUACAGGGUUAUAAAUACAUCUACUUUACACACGUAUUUACUUCAGCCAGUUAAGGAAAACAUUUCUACAAUAAUAAAAGUUAUUAAAGGGUUAUAGUAACUACAAACGAGUUAAAUGAAAUAUUUCAGCCAGAGAAAGAUGAAAGCUGUGAAGGUUUUGUUUUUGUUUGAUGGUAUAAAGAUUUGUCUCCUGUCAACAACUCUGAAUCAGGGCGCAAGUGUUUUACCAAGCUGUUGAUGGAUUUAAUAUUUUAUUUUGUUUCUCUGAACAAUCAAACUAAUCAUUUGAUAAACAGCAAGUAAUUAUCCUUUGUGAGUAAAUGUGUUUGUGUGGACACGCACACACCUAUGAGGGAAAAUGAAGGACAUCAGACACAGCUGCAUAUUUUGGUUAAAAAUAGAAUUUUUUAAAAAUAAAAAAAUGUUGCUGAUAUUCCUUGA